AUGACACCCAGAAAAAAGUUACAGGGUCUUGUCGCUGCUACAGUCACUCCAAUGACUCCUGAUGGACAAAUCAACCCUUCGGUGAUUGGUCAAUACGUGGACUAUCUGGUAAGCGAGCAGAACAUCAAGAAUAUCUUUGUGAAUGGCACAACAGGAGAAGGAUUGUCCCUUAGCAUCCAGGAGAGGAAGCAGCUGGCAGAAGAAUGGGUGUGCCAAGGAAAAGACAAACUGGAUCAUGUGAUCAUUCAUGUGGGAGCACUGAGUCUGCCAGAGUCCCAGGAGUUGGCAAGACAUGCGGCCGCCAUAGGUGCUAGUGCUAUUGCUGUCAUAGCCCCCUUCUUCUUCAAACCCACAAACAAAGACGAGCUGGUUGGUUUCUUACAGAAGGUUGCAUCUGAAGCCCCUGAAGUUCCAUUUUACUACUAUCACAUUCCUCCUCUGACGGGUGUGAAGAUUCGUGUUGAAGAGUUGCUGAUUGGAAUAAAAGAGCGGAUUCCCACCUUCCAGGGCGUGAAGUUCAGUGACACAGACCUCUUGGACUUUGCACAGUGUAUAAACAAGAAUGAGGGAGAACAAUUUGAAUUUCUUUAUGGGGUGGAUGAGCAACUGCUGGGUGCACUGGCAACAGGGGCAGAUGGAGCAGUUGGAAGUACAUACAACUACUUGGGGCAAAAAACCAAUCUGAUGUUGCAAGCUUUUUCAAAGCUAGACCUUGUGUUAGCACGGAGGUAUCAGUUUCUUACAGGGGAAUUUCUCAACUUUGUCAUGAAGCUAGGUUUUGGUGUUGCACAAACUAAAGCUGUCAUGACUUUUGUUUCUGGCAUUCCUAUGGGACCUCCACGGCCUCCCCUCGUUGAUGCCUCUGAGGAGUUCAUCGUCAAGGCCAAAGCCAAGCUGGAUAGCAUUAUGUGGCCUGAUGGCAACUGAUG